AAAUAAUAUGUACAGAAAAACAACUAACUCAAUUCUCAAAAAAGUGGUUAAGGGGUUUAAUAGACAGGUUGUCAUACGAAUCUUAUUAGUAUAAAACCAAUAAAUAGAUUAAAACCGAACACAUUGCAUAUAAUAGUUAGAGGAUUAUAAAUCCAGCAGAAUAGCUUGUUAUCUAAUUGAAAGCGAAUUCAGCUUAAAAAUAUUGUCAAAACUGCAUAAACAACAAAAUGAAUGGCUAAAAUUAUAUAAAAAUACCCCAGAUGCAACUAAUUUUAACGUUGCCGUCCAUAUAAUCUACGUUUUGCUGUCAACGUGAAAAACGUAUCUCCCUUACUACGGUAGUUUCCCUUCUUUGAGCCAACGCGUAAUUAAUAUUCCUUCCAAGACGACGGGGUACUUCUGUGUGAAAGUGACGCUGUUAUAACUUUGUUGGUGGAAGUACAUUUCGAAAAAGUUCCUAAUAUUAAUUAAGAAAUGAGAAGACGGCCAAACACCUCAACGGGACACCAUGUCCACUUUCCUACAACACUGCCGAACCCUGGGACAUGGUACCAAGCUAACCAACUGCACAGAAAGGAAUCGCCAUUCAUCAUAUCUCAACACCCACGCAAAUUCCAUAAUGUAGAAACCUUCAAUCUACAUCCUAAUGUCAGAGUCAGCAGAUCUGCAGGCAAAGUUUUUGUAACUUUCAAAACAAAGGACGAACAAACUGAUUUAAAAAAACAGCCAACAAGGAAGCUAAAGCCUCAUGAGAUGGAAGCAUUAAUAAUUGACCUGCGAGAGCAAGUUGCCACUUUAUCAACAUUUCUAGAGGAGGAGAAACUUCACCAUGGAGGAAGUAAAAAACGAGCUUUACUUGAUCUUGAUAAACAAACUGCAGAAAUGAAGGAACAACACGCUCUUGAUAUUAAGAGACUGCUUGAGAGCAACGAGCGACAAAUAAAUUCACUGAUAGAAUCUCACAGUCAGAAGAUAAAAGAUGAAGAAAUUGCUUCAAAGAAGAGAGAAGAUCAACUAAGAACCGAGUAUCGGGUGUUGCAAGCGUCUUUCAAGAACUACAGAUGUACUUUGCAAAAUGAAAUGAGCGAACAACUGAAAACUAAGGUUGAAGAAAUGGAAUGGGAGAAGAGGAGAGCCGUGCAAAAUGCUGUGGAUGAUUGUAGAAGAGAAAUGGAGGAAAAGUUUGGCAGGGAACGUGAAACAAACAGAAAAGAAUUUCGAGCAAAUAUGGCGGAAGUUUUAAGGGAUCACCGUAUAGAGUUAGAGAAUUUGUCGAAGAAAUAUCUGGAUGGUGGAUUUGAUCUUGAAGAGCUGAAACGAAGAUCAGAUGAGCUGGAUUCAACAAAAUUUGAACUUCAGGAGCUGCGUGCUAUUCUAGAGGAGGAAAGAUCUUCAGUUCGAAAAACAAAGUUGAUGUUGAAAGAUUCUCAAACAAAGUUUUCCAACUUGGAAGCUGAGUUUGAAGAUCGUGUGUCUUCUGUGGAGGAUAUGCAUCGAGCUAAGAUUGAAUCUCUAACCUUGGAGCGCGCGGAUGCGAGAAGACUUUUAGCGAGGAGUUGUGAGGAGAUCCAGAACGAGAAGAUAGCAAGAGAAGCGGCCGAGAAUGAGAGGAAAGAAGCCGCUAAAAGAUCUAUGGAGGAAAAAAUACAGAAAUGCCAGCAAGCACCUUCAGCAGAUACAAUAUUUGCAUUGAAUGCGCAAAUGUGGAACUCUCCAUCUGCUGAAUUAAAAACUGCCAGUGUGAUUGACAUCAAAUAUAUUUGCGACGAUACUGACAGUGAAAAUGGUGUUUCAUCUGACCAUGCUUUGCCAGCGUCCACACAAAGUGUUAUCUUUAAGAAAAAUGAAUAUUCUCAUAAAAAGAAAAGCAAUAGGCCCAAGUCAGCCCAAUCGAACACAAAACACCCGCUUCGAUUCAACGUACCACCAGUGGGAAAUAAUGACAAACAAUCACCCAGUUCGAUAACUCCUGUUGUCAAUUCCUUCACAAAUAUAAAGAACAAACCAACCACUGUCGUACACCAUGAAGAAAAUGAACAGAGGCCAGAUUCACCCGAUGUCAUUCAUUGAAUUCUAAUCAACUUUUUAAUAAACUGCACUGUUUUUAAAGCAUCUUAUUUUCUCAAAAUGUUCCUUUUUAUCAUGUCAUGUACUUCAUCUUACGCUGUGCUUUUAGUUAUUUCACGUAGUUUAAUUUUAACACUGUGCAAUCUUUACCUUCUAUCUGCACCAUAUUUUAAGAAAAUAUCGCAAACAAGACAAUUAUUUCUUGAUAAGUGGCUGCGGAAAAGUUAAAAAGUGUAUUUGCUAUUACAGUAAUAGGAUAACGAAAUUGUUAAAAGUAAUAUUUGA